AUGUCGUCCCGCCCCGACAUCGUCGGCCCUCAAGCCGGCCCCGAAUCUCCCUACCCUUACAAAAUGGAAGGCAAAGUCAUUUCCGGCUUCGGCCGCGGCUCCAAAGAGCUCGGCAUCCCAACCGCCAACCUCCCCGUCGACGACACUCUCACCCCCUGGAUCGCAAACAUCCCCUCGGGCGUCUACUUCGGCUACGCCUCCCUCGCCCUCCCAGACUCCCACCCGGACCAGCCCGCCUCUGCCUCUUCCGGCGCAUUCACCGUCUUCCCCAUGGUCAUGUCCAUCGGGUACAACCCGUUCUACAAGAACACCGUGCGCAGCGCAGAGGUGCACAUCCUGCAUAAAUUCGGGCGCGAUUUCUACGAUGCCCACAUGCGUCUUCUGAUUCUGGGUUUUAUUCGCGAGGAGAAGGAUUAUAAGAGCCUGGAGGCGCUGAUUGAUGAUAUUAACUUUGAUUGCGAGGUUGCGAAGAAGAGUCUUAGUAGGGAGGGGUGGGCGUGGGAUAAGGGGAGCAAGGAGGAUGCGGAGUGGUUUGUCAAGCCUUUAUAG